UGGUACAGUAUGAGGAGACGAGGGCGGGGUUUCCCUCCAAGAUGAGGAGGCCAACUAACAUGAAAUUGGCUUCUUUCAGCCGGCGUAUGCACCGUAAACUCUACGGACAAACAAACAAGCCUGAACAGACAGGGAGGGAGAAGAGAGGAUGGUGAUGAGGAGGUGGUCUGAGGAGCGCAUCUUCUCUCUUAGUGUUGGCUUACCUCCCCUGUGAAGCUGGGAAGCUUUUGAUCCUGUUUGUUAAAGCCGUAGCUGCUGUCGGUGUGUGUUUUCUCUCUGCGUUUUUGAAUAUUGCUGUUUGCGGACCGGUCUGUGUGCUGUAACAUCCACCAUCAUCUGCAGCCAUGUCGGACUCCGAGGACAUGACGGAGUUCGCCAGCAUCGUGGAGCGGAUCGAGCGGGGCGAGGUUCCAAUCAAGAACAUCGAGAGGGAGCUGAUCUGCCCGAUCUGUAAGGAGCUCUUCACCCAUCCGUUGAUCCUGCCCUGCCAGCACAGCGUCUGCCACAAGUGUGUCAGAGAGCUGCUGAUGCUGAACCAUGAGGACUCUUUUGAUGCUGGCUCCGAGUGCUCCCUGCCGGGCAGCCCCAGGUCCAGGGUGCCUUCCCCUUCCAUGGAGAGGCUAGACAGGCUUGUGAGAUCAGGUGGGUCUCGGGCCACAGUGCGAAGGUCGUUUGGAGGUCGAGGUAGACGUGGCCUCCGUGUUUUGAGUAGCUGUAGUAGCUCCAUCUCGUCCCCGGGAUGGCGCCGAGGUUCUGUGACUCCUCGGGUCACCACCAUCCCAUGCCCAGGCUGCCAGCAUGACAUCGACCUUGGUGAGCGCGGUAUCAGCAUGUUGUUCCGUAACUUCACUCUGGAGAACAUCGUUGAGCGCUACCGCCAAGCCGCCCGCGCAGCCAUCGCGAUCAUGUGUAACAUUUGUAAGCCUCCGCAGCAGGAGGCUACAAAGAGCUGUAUGGACUGCAAGGCUAGCUACUGUAACGAGUGCUUCAAGCUGCACCACCCCUGGGGCACACCCAAAGCUCAGCAUGAGUACGUCGGUCCCACCACAAAUUUUAGGCCCAAGGUGCUCAUGUGUCCAGAGCACGAGAUGGAGAAGGUGAACAUGUACUGUGAGGUCUGCAGGCGACCCGUGUGCCACCUCUGCAAGCUGGGAGGUUCCCACGCCAACCACAAAGUCACCUCCAUGAGCAGUGCCUACAAGAUCCUCAAGGAGAAGCUGGCCAAGAGUAUCCAUUACCUCAUCAGCAAGGAGGACCAGGUCAGGACUCAGAUUACUGAUCUUGACCUGCUCAUCAAUCAGACUGAGGAAAAUGGCCAGCUAGCAGAGCGUCAAGCCAAUGAGCACUUUGAGCGUCUGUUUGAGACUCUGCAGGAGAGGAAGUCAGAGAUGCUAAGGUCCAUCGAACAGUCAAGAAACCGACGCCUAGACCAACUUAAGGCUCAGGUAGAGGAAUACCAGGGCAUGCUGGAGAACAGUGGCCUAGUUGGCUACGCACAGGAGGUGCUGAAAGAGACGGAUCAGUCCUGCUUUGUACAGACCGCGAAGCAGCUACACAUCAGAAUCCAGAAGGCCACGGAGUCUCUGAGGACCUUCCACCCUGCGUCUGACCCCUGCUUUGAUGAGUUUGUGCUGAACACAUCUAGAGAAGAAACUCUGCUCAAAGAGAUGUGCUUUGGUGGAGUUCCUGACCCUCCUCUGAUUGACUUGUCCAAUAGCAGAGUCUAUAACGAGGCGUCAAUCUGCUGGAGGCUGUCUGAUGACCACCUACCUACAGAUCACCAUGUGCUUGAAUACCGCAGACUCGGUGGCCCGAGCCAAUCUCCGUCCCAGGAGGACGGUGAGGACAGUGGGGUAUGGAGGGCUACAGACAGGGUUUAUGGUCCCAGCACUGUGGUGUGUGACCUGGAACCUGACAGCCUGUACUCCUUCAGGGUCCGAAGCUGCAGGAACUCCAUGUUCAGCCCCCACAGCCCUGAGGUCACCUUCCACACACCACCUGCACCUGCUUUUGGUUUCUUGUUCAGCGACAAGUGUGGCUUCAGUACGGAGCGGCUCAUUCUAAACAAGCGACGGGACACUGUGGAAAGCGUAGCAAGCAUGGCCUUCCUCCUUGCAGCAGAACGUGUGCAGACGGGCAGCUACAUCGGACUAGACUACAUCAUUGGGGAUAUGGGCAUCUCUCAGGGAAGACACUACUGGGCCUUCAAGGUGGAGCCGUACUCCUACAUGGUUAAAGUUGGAGUGGCCUCUGACUCAAAGCUGCUUGAAUGGUUUCACAAUCCAAGAGAUACCAGCAGCCCAAGGUAUGACCAUGAUAGUGGACAUGACAGCGGCAGUGAAGAAGCAUGCUACGAGCUCUCCCAGCCCUUCAUCCUCCUCACCGUGGGCAUGGGCAAACUCUUCAUCCCCAAGACUUCAUCCUCCUCUGCCUCCACAGUAAACGCAUCCUCCGGUGACCCUGGCAACCGUGUGCUACCCAUGCCACAGCGCUUGGGUGUAUGCCUAGAUUACGAAGAGUGCCGGGUGUAUUUUUACGAUGCUGACACCAUGAGGUGCCUUUAUGAGCGGCAGGUGGAUUGUUCAGGAACAAUGUAUCCAGCUUUUGGGCUCAUGGGCAGCGGCAAGGUUCAACUGGAAGAGUUCAUCACGGCUAAGAGACUGACCUUCUGAGGAGGGAUGGAGCAUGUUGGUGCAUUAGGACCUGCAUCUGUUUAAUCAUUGGCAUGUUCUUGGAGGUUUCAUUGACCGGGUGAAAGGAGUA